UUUCAGUUGAAAGUCUGACGCUGUCGUGAGUAGUGGCUUUUAUGCUCGGCGUUUUCGGUUUCUUAUUUAAUAUUUAUUUCAACUGAAUGGCUGUAUUUGAGGGAUUUAUGCCAGCAACAACAACAAGAUAAAUUAAAGGACAACAAAUAUUUAAAAAAAUAUAUAAUUAACAAUGUACACCCGACGAAAUAAAUUAUUUUCAAAACUAUCAAGUACAUUUCUGAGAAAAUGGUGGUUUGUGAUAGCAUUUUCGCUAUGCUUAAUAAUACUAGGCGUUCUAGUCACAUUUGGAUUUUCUGCAAUAGUUAAUUUAGUAAUUGAUCAUCAAGUAGCUUUAAGACCCGGCGGGCAAUCAUUCGGAUGGUGGGCAAAACCACCAGUCACACCAGCAGUUAAAGUAUAUGUUUACAAUGUCACAAAUGCUGAUGAAUUUUUAAAUAAUGGUUCAAAACCAAUUUUGGAUGAACUAGGUCCAUAUGUAUACAGAGAAAAAUGGGAAAAAGUGAAUAUUGUUGAAAAUCCAAAUGGAACAAUUAGUUUCAAUCAAAAGAAAGUUUAUGCAUUUAGCGAAGAAGAGUCAGCUGGUAUGGAAGAUGAUGUUGUAAUUGUUCCAAAUAUUCCCAUGUUGAGUGCAACAUCACAAAGUAAACAUGCUGCAAGGUUUUUGCGUCUAGCAAUGGCUAGUAUUAUGGAUAUUUUAAAAAUCAAGCCAUUCGUUGAAGUAACCGUCGGUCAAUUACUUUGGGGAUAUGAAGAUCCACUUUUGAAAUUAGCCAAGGAUGUCGUACCAAAAGAGCAGAAAUUACCUUAUGACGAAUUUGGAUUGUUUUACGGAAAGAACGCAACGAGUACUGAUCGAGUCACCGUGUUCACAGGUGUUGAUGACAUCACUCAAUAUGGUGUUAUUGAUAAAUACAACGGAAGAUCACACAUGACUAAUUGGGCAAAAGAAGAAUGUAACCGACUUAAUGGUUCAGAUGGAUCAAUCUUCCCUCCACAUAUCACCCACAACACAACAUUAUAUGUCUAUGAUAAGGAUCUUUGCAGACUGUUGCCACUCAGUUUUGACAAGGAGGUAACCGGACGUGGAGGAAUUCCCGGCUAUCGAUUCACACCAUCACCAGAUGUUUUUGCCUCAGUUGAUAAAAACCCCGACAAUUUAUGUUUUUGCCCUUCAGGGCCACCUUGUGCACCUCAUGGUCUAUUUAACGUGUCAUUAUGUCAAUACGAUUCACCAGUAUUGAUCAGUUUCCCUCAUUUCUACAUGGCUGAUGACAGUUUACGAACGGCUGUUGAAGGUAUUUCACCGCCAGAGAAGGAUAAACAUCAAUUUUUCAUUGAUGUACAGCCUCUUAUGGGUACAACACUUAGAGCACGCGCACGUGUUCAAAUCAAUUUAGCUGUUAGUCAAGUGCAAGAUAUUAAGCAAGUUGCCAACUUCCCCGAUAUCGUUUUCCCAAUAUUAUGGUUCGAAGAAGGCGUUGAGGGUCUUCCCGAUGAGGUUGUUAAUCUAAUGAGAAUUGCAACGACUGUACCUGAUAAAGCACGCACUGCUCUCAUGAUUGCACUUUUCGCACUUGGAAUUCUUCUCUUUAUUGUUUCCGUGACUUGUUUAGUAAGAAAGUCACAUCGACAGAAUACAUUGCACCUUGAUGGAACGAAUUACUUGGCAACGCAGCAUAUUGAUCAACAAAAGAAAAAGGCAAAGAUGGAUAAUGGCAAUAAGAGCAUGUAAAUAAUGAGUAACGAUUAGGGUCUUUGAAACUUCUGUGGUAAAAUAGCUUUCAUAAUUUCCUAUCAAAAAAAAACUUUCGAGACUGGAACACUUGUGGAUUAGCAUAUGAAUAGUUUUGCAGGAUUAUUUUCAUCCAAUCCCGAAUGUUCCCGUCUUCAAAAAAUCAAUUCUAUCAUCAAUGUAGCUGUAGUUUCUAAUGAUUGAAUUGUGUCUGUUAAAUUUUAAAAAUUACACUGAACUAAAGUCAACUUAAUGUCAUACUAGGUUACUUUUAACUGAUUUCAUUUCUUAUAAAAGUAUUGAAGCCAACUUCAAGUUUUUCAAAUUUAAUUUGUUUUUAAAACUUAAUUUGCUCAAUAAUUCACAAAUUUUCAUCAUUUUUGGCACAAUUCUAAUUACAUUAGAAACUAUCGACAUAUUGUCUUUCUUAAUCAAUUUAGUCUAAGUGAAAUUUAUGACCAUAAAGUAGAUUUUUAAGAAAAAAGGAUUAUUGUGACAAAUUUUCUAUAAGAAAAUAAUUUUUGUAGAUUUUGGUGGAAUAGAUUUUCAAUAAUAAUUGUACAUAAAAAAACCAAUAAAAUGAAUAAAAAUUUUAUAAAUUUAUUAAAAGAUUUUAUAGACCAUAA